GUCGACGUCAUCAUUCGAGGUUCUUAGCUCAAUGGCAAGCUUGGAUCCAUGUGAAGCAGCCGCUGUGAGUGCUCACAGAAACGCAGAAACGGAAGCAACGAGCGAUGGCUUGCGCCGAUCCAACAUCAAUCAGAUAAUAUGUAUCGCCAAUAGUGACAGUACCCUGAUGCCACGCUCAUGAUCCCGACCCACAUCAUCUGCCGGAACUCGAUAAUCUUGGUCUAAACGGGCAGGCUGCAUAUGCAAUUGUCAACUGGUUCAACUGGUCAUACUUGAGGAGGUCGUCUUGGCUAUAUAUUCAAGCCCGGAUAAGCAUAAUACCCUUUGAGCAGACCGGCCCGGGGCGGCAGCGAGGAACUCCAAGUCACACAAAAUACGUCAAUCUCAACAUGGGUCCCGCAGCGACACUCACGCGGCUAAUAGCCCUGCUCGUAGGAGCAGCAUCAACCACGGCUUGGCAGCUACCACACAACAGUCUCCCGCCAGAGUCCCUAGGAUACUCUCAUGGAACAGGGAGGGGGCAACACCCGCUGGCAUGGGCGCCUAUUCAAGACGACGACGACAUCGACAUCGUGACGGGCUCACAGUUCCACGGCCUCAAGACCUACGGCAACCUGCCAUACGUCAACGCCUUCUCAGACGAGGAGGCCCAGCGCCAGGAUGCCAAGUACGACAUCGCCAUCCUCGGUGCCCCCUUCGAUACCGGCACGACCGGCCGACCCGGGGCACGGUUCGGGCCCCAGGGUAUCAGGACCGGUAGCCAGCGCAUCUGGCCGCAGGGGACCAGCAUCUACACGGGGGAGACCCCGCUGGACUCGUGGGCAAAGGUCGUCGACACGGGCGACGUGCAGACGACGUGGCUCGACAACACGGUCGCCCUGCGGCAGCUGGACAAGGCACACCGCGUGAUCUCGGGCCGGGCGGCCGCCAACGCGAGCGUCUCAAGGACGCCGCGCAUCCUGACGCUGGGCGGCGACCACACGACGACGCUGAGCGCGCUGCGGUCGACCCACGAGCGGUGGGGCGAUGUGUCGGUGGUGCACUUUGACAGCCACAUCGACACGUGGGAUCCUGCCGUGCUGGGAGGGGGGCUGUCAGACUACGCUGGCGUGAACCAUGGGACGUUCUUGCACAUCGCGCAUGAGGAAGGGCUCAUCCGGAACACGUCCAUCCACGCCGGGAUCCGGGCCCCUGUCAUGCGGCGCAAGGGGGAUGUCCGGAACGAUGCUCGGUGCGGGUUUGAGAUCAUCACCGCCCGGGCCAUCGACAAGAUCGGUGCGGACGGGAUCAUCAAGCAGAUCAAGGACCGCGUGGGAGACUCGAAUGUCUAUAUCAGCGUCGAUAUUGACGUCCUGGACCCGGCUUACGCACCUGCUACGGGGACAGCCGAGCCGGGCGGGUGGACAAGCCGUGAGUUGUUGACCAUCCUCGACGGCUUGGUUGGGCUUAAGGUCAUUGGGGCAGAUGUUGUAGAGGUUGCCCCAGUGUACGAUAAUCCGGGAGAGACGACUGUGCUGGCUGCUGCUGAAGUUAGCCUGUCGCUGCUUACGCUUAUGGUGGACACGCCGGUGCAGUCUAAAGCUGACAUAGAUGCCUUGAAGCAGGCCGAAGAGUUGUGAUUGUGGGAUAUUGCUCCAAUGGUUGUCAAAGCUUCAGCAGGGUAUUACCCGGUCACGUCAGUGUAAUUCAUCGUCACAUCUAGAUCAGACAUGCCAAACAAGUCGUAUGUUUUCACGGGGAGCUGCAGGGAACCGAGAAUUUGC